UCAUCAAACAUAUUAAUUUUUGUAAAUACUAUGGAUUUUGAAUGUCAACAACGUGUCCCAUCUACUGCUUCAAAUAGACGACGUCGUGAAUUGGAUGUUGACCAUGAACGUGGGCGAGGUUGUGGUCGAGGUCGUGAUCCAGUUUUAGUAGAAUAUGAUAUCCCCAGUGCCAGUCAAAGUUGAAGUUGAAGCCAAAGACGAGUUCAAGGUGAUGAUAUGCCUGACAUUGCCGUGGAGGAUGUCUCUUUACCCGAUUCUCCUAUUGUCCAUGAAGAGUACUUUACUCAUGCUUUUUCAGGUGGACCGACUGAUCCAUCAAUAUUGUGGAGUUUCAAUAGUUAUGUCGCUGCAGCUGUUUGGCACGAGGAGGAACAAGGGCCCCUAAAGUGUCAUAAUCACUUUUCGAAGAUGCUUGCAUGGUCAUGGUGGUUAGUAGACAACAACACCAGAUUCAAAGCCAUUAUUGAGCAGUCUGGGCUGUCACAGUUAGCUCGUUGCACUUAUCGAUUUGUCAACAAGCUUCUAAUCUCUAGUUUUGUUAAGAGAUGGAAACCUGAGACAAACGCAUUUCACAUGGCAGUUGGUGAGAUGACCUUGACCUUGGAUGAUGUUGGCACUAUUCUUAGCCUUCCCAUUAUAUGCAGAUCAGUCAACGUACCAGAUGUGACAGAUUAUCAUGGAGUUACACUGCUGGUUUCUGGCUUGGGGAUUACUGAACGUGUAGCACAUGGAGAGGUUUGUACUGUUGGUGAGAAUUCAGUCAGGCUUGAGUGGUUGCGAAGUCAGUUUGCUGGUGUCGCAGAUUCAGACCCAGAGAAGGCUAUAUAGUGCGUUGCUAGAGCUUAUUUGUUGUUUCUGUUGGGAUGUACGCUCUUCAGUGACAAGAGUGGUGGAAGGGUUCCUGUUGUUUACCUUAGCUUAUUAAUGGAUUUGGGAUCCAUUCAUACUUAUGUCUGGGGUGCUGUUGCAUUAGCAUUUUUAUACAGACAAUUGGGAUAUGCUAGCCGGUUCGGUGUUAAGCAGAUGGGUGGUUAUAUGACUCUUUUGGAGGUAUGGAUUUAUGAGCACUUCCGAGCAUUCUGACCUCACCAGAACAUGGGCUACAAUGAAGACAUGCCACACGUGUACCAUUGGGCAUCUAGGAGAGAGGCGGGUUCCUCCAUUGAUCAUUUGAAAUCUUUUCGAGCGAAACUUGAUAGUUUGGUGGCGACUGAUGUUAUUUGAGAUCCAUACCACAGCUGUAGAGACCGACAUCCAUGUAACCCGGUUAUGUUCUACCAUGGAUGCUUAAAGUGCUUAGAUGUGGUCGAACCCUAUCAUCCAGAUAGAGUUCUGACGCAGUUUGGCAAGGUUCAAACCAUCCCAGAUGCACCGCUAGCUCCCAGUCGUGGUGCUCGAGGCAACAUAUCAGCACGAUAUACAAUCAUGUAUAGAUACUUGGAUAGGAUCUGGGAGGCUUGGGAUAACUACGUGUUAUCUGAGCAGCGGAGGAGCACACUAAUCCGUCAGCCUUGGGAAUGUGUACCGGGUUACAUGGAUUGGUAUAAGAAUAUCACGCACCUAUAUGUUGAGUAGAUUGAUGAACCGCGUGUCCAUGACCAUCAGGAUUUCAGCCAACAUGCCGAUCGUAUUGCACAUGUACUGCAGAUUGCACAUCCUAUUAUUCAGGUUGGUUAUGAGGACGGGAUUCGACAUCCUCAUCGACUUUACCAGGCUAUCGAGGCUAUGAUGCAUGUCCUUGAAGGUCAGCACAUUGACGAAGCUGGACCUAGUUCUGCUGGACCUAGUUGUACUGGAGGUCUCUUUUCAUCUCCGACAUUGACAUACAGUCGUAGGCCUAGGCGUAGGCAUACAGCUAUUCGUGACAUGUUAUUUGUUAGUUGAUGAAUUUUUUGUGGUGUUUUUUGUAAGAUAACAUUGUUGUAAUGGUAACAGUGGUUAAUAUUUUCUUAUUAGAAUGG